GCCGCUGUCACGGUAAGGUGUGUAUAUAUUGUGUUCGUGCGGUUAUGAUUCUCGAGUAUCAUUAGAUGUUAUGUUUACACGUGUUGUCACGUUAGAACGUUUUAAUUACUGCCCAUCUAAUAAAUUAUAUUACACUCGACUACUGCAAGGAAUUUCAGCUGCAUCUAAACUGCAUCUAAUUCUACAACUGUACGAGAGGAAGAUUCAAGGAAAUUCUCUACGAGCAACGUUCAUCAGGAAAAUAAAAAAAAAAAGGAUUGACAGGAAGAUAGAAAAAAAAUUGUUCCAAGUAAAUGCAAGAGAAUCGGAGAAAUUGCGUUGCCCGUGGGCAUAGACGCGCGUGAAAAGGGCCACCGAGGGUCCGGGACGCGCUGGGUUUUCGAGAUGAGCUAUGAAUCUGGGCUAUCUGGUAGCCUCCGCUUUCGUCCUUCAGCUGCUUCAGCUGCCGUUUGUCGUCGAAACUUUACCCUCAGUCGUGAAAAUCGGAGCUAUUUUCACUCAUGACCAAAAGGAUAGCAGUACGGAAUUGGCAUUCAAGUACGCCGUGUACAAGAUCAACAAGGACAAAAUUAUUUUGCCGAAAACAACGUUGGAGUACGACAUUCAGUACGUGCCCAAAGAUGAUUCCUUUCACGCAUCGAAGAAAGCGUGCCAUCAAGUCAAGCACGGUGUUCAAGCAGUGUUCGGUCCUUCGGACCCUAUACUCGGCCAACACAUACACAGCAUCUGUGACGCACUUGACAUUCCGCAUCUCGAGGCCAGGCUGGACCUGGACGCGGAAGCGAAAGAGUUCAGUAUCAAUUUACAUCCCGCACAAAGUUUACUCAACGGCGCUUAUCAGGACGUCAUGGAAUUUCUCAACUGGACCAAGGUGGGAAUCAUUUACGAGGAGGAUUACGGAUUGGUGAAGUUACGUGAACUCGUAAGAUCGCCGAAAUCUUGCGAGAUGGAAGUUCAUCUCAGACAAGCCGAUCCAGACUCUUACAGUCAAGUCUUGUCCGAGAUGAAAAGCAAGGAAAUUCGAAAUCUCAUCGUGGAUACGAGACCGGAUCACAUGCAUCACUUUUUACGAAAGAUAUUACAGCUACAGAUGAACGACUACAAGUAUCACUACCUCUUUACGACUUUCGAUAUCGAGACUUUCGACCUCGAAGAUUUCAAGUACAAUUUCGUCAAUAUCACUGCCUUCCGUUUGGUCGAUGCCGAUGACGUCGGGGUGCGAGGCAUCCUCAGGGAUAUGGAACGUUAUCAGCCAGCCGGAAAUACGAUUCUGAAUAAGUCGAAAGUUAUUCAGGCGGAACCAGCAUUAAUGUACGACAGUGUGCAAGUUUUUGCAGUGGGUUUAAGGACUCUUGAACAAUCGCACGCUUUGAGGCCUGCCAAUAUUUCCUGUGAACUCGAACACCCUUGGGAUGGUGGAUUGUCUCUUAUUAAUUACAUCAAUUCCGUCGAAAUGAAAGGAAUUUCCGGGCCUAUAGAAUUUAAAGAAGGACGAAGAAUUCAAUUUAAAUUGGACUUAUUGAAGUUAAAGCAGCAUUCCUUGGUCAAGGUAGGAGAAUGGCGUCCUGGUGUUGGGGUCAACGUCACAGAUACCGCAGCAUUCUACGAAGCAAGUUCAGCUAAUGUAACACUGAUAGUUAUCACAAUAUUGGAAACACCGUAUGUGAUGAUGCACUACGAAAAGAACUACACCGGGAAUUCGCGGUUUUAUGGUUUUUGCGUGGACCUGCUCGAGGCGGUGGCAAGAGAAGUCGGAUUCUCGUAUCGACUGGAUUUGGUACCUGACAGGAAGUACGGUGCAAGAGAUCCUGAAACAGGCGAAUGGAACGGCAUCGUCAGAGAACUCAUGCGACAUAAAGCUGAUUUAGCAGUGGGAUCAAUGACGAUUAAUUACGCACGAGAGAGUGUCAUUGACUUUACGAAACCCUUCAUGAAUCUUGGAAUUUCCAUUCUAUUUAAGGCUCGACAGGUGCCAACCAGCCACCCUGCGCGACUAUUCUCGUUUAUGAAUCCUUUGGCGAUCGAGAUUUGGUUGUACGUCUUGGCAGCCUACGUUUUGGUAUCCGUGACGAUGUUCGUCGUUGCAAGAUUCAGUCCUUACGAAUGGAAUCAUCCUUAUUCUUGUCACGUCGGCCCAGAAAUCAUCGAAAAUCAAUUUUCUCUGUCGAACAGUUUUUGGUUCACAAUUGGUACACUUAUGCAACAAGGCAGUGAUUUAAAUCCAAAGGCAACCAGCACUCGCAUAGUCGGUGGUAUAUGGUGGUUCUUCACUUUAAUAAUCAUUUCAUCGUACACGGCUAAUUUAGCGGCAUUUUUAACCGUCGAAAGAAUGAUCACACCCAUAGAAAAUGCCGAAGAUCUUGCAAGUCAAACUGACAUCACUUAUGGUACUCUUGACAGUGGUAGCACGAUGACCUUUUUUAGGGAUUCGAUGAUCGAAACGUAUAAGAAAAUGUGGCGUUUUAUGGAAAAUCGUAAACCAUCCGUAUUCGUGCCAACUUACGAGGAAGGAAUUCAACGAGUACUUCAAGGAGAUUACGCAUUUUUGAUGGAGUCAACUAUGUUGGAUUAUAUCGUACAAAGAGAUUGCAAUCUCACUCAAAUCGGUGGUCUUUUGGAUAGCAAAGGUUAUGGGAUAGCUACACCUAUGGGAUCUCCUUGGCGGGACAAAAUAUCUCUGGCGAUUUUGGAACUUCAAGAAAAGGGUGAAAUUCAAAUGUUAUAUGAUAAAUGGUGGAAGAGUCCUGGUGACACCUGCAUGAGAACUGAAAAAGGAAAGGAGAGUAAAGCCAACGCUUUGGGUGUCGACAAUAUAGGUGGUGUCUUUGUCGUUUUACUCUGUGGAUUGGCAUUUGCCGUGCUGAUAGCAAUCUUCGAAUUUUGUUACAACUCCAGAAGAAACGCACCAGCCGAACGAAGAGGACCAAUAGCUAUGCCUACAUGCUCGGGUUCUCUACAGGGUAUUUCUCAAACUGUGCAACAACAACAACAGCAACAACAACAACUUCAUCAACAACAACAACAACAGCAACAACAAACGAAUCAACAAAAUCAUCAACAACAACAACAACAAGAAUCGCUUUGCUCAGAAAUGGCUCGAGAAUUAUGUCGUGCCUUGCGUUGUCACGCGUCCUCACGACGUCGCCGUGCAUGUGAAAAAUGUUCGACACAUGUAAUCGGUUAUCCGCAGGAUAAUAAUCCCACUGCCACCCCCAUCAACGGGAUGAGAUCCCAGAGAAGCAGCCUGGGUGUACCUACGGUCGAAUUGCAACCAGCACACAUUCAUGCGCAUCAUCAUGCAUCGCCGCACGAUUAUGAUGGCAAUUAAGAGCUAAAACGCUCUGAAAACUAUAGACGAAUCACACUAGACUAAUCCGUUAACGAGUUAUCGGAUCAGAGGACGAGAGAUAUCAAUUCGAUGAUUCUAUUUUAACACGCGUUCUCUUUAUGUGUCGUACUACUCGUUCUCUUAUUCUCGUGUGUCACGGUUAUCGAUCCACGAUUCCUUAUCUUUUUAUUUUUUUUCUUCUCUCUUUCCUUCCCUUUUUUCUCUGUCUUUCUCAUUUUGUUUUCUCGGAGAAUAGGAAGGGAGUUUAAAUACAACACCGCUGCACAAUUCUUCUCGAUAAUAUUUGCAUUCGGUAAAUCCGUCGACUUACGUACGUUACGUCUUCUACCUCUUUUGUAAGAAUAAUCAAAUAAUAAUAAUAAUAUUAAAUAAUAAUAAUAAUUAUUAUUAUAAUCAAUGAAAUGAAAGCGCGUCAGUUCGGGUUUAUUUGUUCUUUUUGUUGUUCUUAUUUUUAUUUUUAUUUUUUUUUUGUUCCUUUUUUCCAUAAAUGUAUGAACAUCCCAACGACGUUGCAUUCGCACACGAACGAACUAACGAACUCGCUGAAAUGACAAUGAAACGUAAGAGAGAUAAAAAUGAAUUAUUAGUUGAUUUAGAAUUAAUGUAUGUGAUUUUAUUCAUUUGAAAAUGUGUAGUAUACGGAUAAAUUAUUUUCUUCUCGCUUCGCACAAAUUGAAAAAUAUACGGUGCACUAGAAAAAGCGAGAGGUAAUGAAUAAAAAAAAAAAAAA